AUGGACAUUCCCGUAGCUAAAGGAGACAAGUUUAGUCUCAAGCAAUGUCCCAAAAAUAAUCUUGAGAGGAUAGCAAUGCAUGAUAAACCUUAUGCAUCAGCACUAGGGAGUUUAAUAUAUGCUCAAGUCUGCACACGUCUCGAUAUAUCAUUCAUAGUGGGAGUGUUGGGUAGAUACUUGAGCAAACUGGGCAUGGAUCAUUGGAUAGCUGUUAAACGCGUAAUGUGUUAUUUGAAAAGAACAAAGAAUUACAUGCUUAUUUGUUGGAGAUUAGAAAAUUUGGAGAUCAUUGGGUACUUUGAUUCCGAUUUUGUGGGAUGCCAAGAUAAUAGAUGCUCUACUUCAGGUUGUGUCUUCAUGUUGGCUGGAGGACCUAUUGCAUGGAAGUCUAACAAACAGACUCUUGUAACUUCUUCAACAAUGGAGGCUGAGUAUGUUGCUUGCUUUGAGGCAUCCAAACAUGGCAUAUGGUUGUAG